GAAAUGAGGCUGGUAUUGCUCAUGCGCAAUGUGCAACGCAAAACAACUCAUGAAUUGAAAAUUCUGUUUUGUCGCUUCCCGAAGCGAAACUGGAUUAUAUUUUACUCCGAAAACCUUGAAUUAAUUCCUUUCUAACAUUAUAUGGAGCGUAUGGAUGAUUUAGAGAAAAACGCCGAGGAUGACUUGGUAUAAAUAUGCUUUUAUUUUACAUGAAUGAACGAUAUUUCGCAAAAUAUUUGAAUUUACAUGUGUGUAUACGUUUUAUUGUCCAUAAUAAAGAUGUAAAAAUACAUCUCUAGACAAAUGAAUUGUAACAGGGUAGUGUUUAUGGUCUUUAUAUAGGCGAUGCAAACGGAUAUUAUAGCUAUGACGACGAUAAAAAAGAAGGGAAAAUCGAACUAUCAACAAGAGAAUGCUGGUUGUCUCAAAAUGUUUGAGAAAUGGACCGAAUCGGAGCAAGUAAAAUUCGUCGAAAAUCUACUUUCGCGAAUGUGUCAUUAUCAACAUGGGCACAUCAACUCCUUUUUAAAACCCAUGUUACAGCGCGAUUUUAUCACGUCUCUACCAGGUGUGAUGAAGACGUUUAAAUAUAUAUUAAAACUAGAAUAUGUUAGCUUUAAAAUAGGGUAGAUUUAUCUAGGAAGUCGAGUACUUUAAAAGCUAUUUUGAGUGUUAGACGAUCUAAAAUUCCCAGCGUAUUUAUUAAUGUGGCGACUAGCUUCAGACACCUUGCUGCCUUGGGUAGUCUAUUGUGAAUUAUUUAAAAACAUAAUGCGAUAUUUGUACGAUUUGCCUAUUACGUCGUCUAGACUACAAAUCCAAAACAGUUUUUGGCAAGUUAAACAAUUUGUUUAUGUUUACUAGCAAUUUUCAUUAAUUUUUAGGAUAAAAGUCAUUGUUUUUUCUACAUUGACCGGAAGUCGCGUGUCUUGAAUAUUUAUAUGACUCAGGGUGACUCUUAAAUUUUUAAAAGACUUUUAGCUCACUCCGAAAGUAGUGCUUAGAUUGCUACUUUCACUUUGUUGUAUUACAGUAAAUAAAACGAGUUCUGUAUUUCUUACAUGUUAUUACCCUGAGAACCUAAACAGUUAUGAGUCAUGUGAUAUAAUUUCUUACCUCUAAACAGAGAUUUGUUACUUUGAAGUGCUGACAAAUAGGUUUAGAGUUUAAGAUUAUCUAAAAAUAGAGUAGUUUCUAUAAGCAUAUAAUGUUUUACAUAAGUAAAAGAAGUUCCAAAAACAAUGUCAAUGAAGGAACAAAGAUGUAUUUGAUACACUGAUACUUAUCUAACCAGAGAAUACUCUGAAUAAAAUCAUCUUGGACACUCAUGUUUUGAGUAGCAACAAAAAAAAUGCACAGCUCUUCAUAGCUCUUAAAGUUGUUGGCUGGAUGAUAAUAUACAGUUUCAAAUAAUUCCAAACAUCAUUUUCACUAAAACAUUCUGCCAAGCCCAGAUAAUGUAACAUACAAAGCAUACAUCAUGCUACUCUCGCUUGUUCAUCUGAUAGCUCGUAUAUUCUACUUUCCAAUAUUUUAAUUUGGCCUGACACUCAGACCCUUUGCUGCAUAGAUUUAGUUUUGAAAUCCUUUUUUGUUCCAGAAAUGUAAAAGAAAUUAAACUGCCUCAGAUAUUUAUCACAAAUACAUCAAAUUAUAUAUCAAAUUGAAGCUUAAAUGCCACAAGUCGUAAAUAUGCAACCUGUGCACAUACAUAAUGUUUUCCAUGGCAACAAUGUACCCUCUUUUGAGUUUUUCCUUGGUAACAGUGAUGGUUAUUCAAGAAGCCUAGUUUCUCUGUACAAAAAAGUCAACAUACUUCACCCCUAAAAUUACAUGGGCUCCUUUCUGUUACUUGAUCAGAGCACACCUACUUUAUGUUGACAAAUUCUAUACAGUGUUGGUUUGCCUUAUAAAGACAUAUUUUCUGAUCUCGUUGAUGGCUUUGAAAUAGUGACCUAAAUGCCUUUGUAAUCCAUAGAGAAAGGCUUGGAUCAUGUGGCUGAGAAUAUUUUGUCAUACUUGGAUGCAAAAUCUAUGUGUGCUGCAGAGCUGGUAUGUAAGGAAUGGUACAGAGUUAUCAACGAUGGUAUGUUGUGGAGAAAGCUGAUAGAAAGGAAAGUAAGAACAGACUCAAUGUGGAAGGGAUUGUCUGAAAGAAAGGGAUGGUAAGUGGAAUGAAUUUAAAAAUAAAGCACUUGAAAUAAUGGGCAUACAUUAUAUUCAACUCUGAUAUUAUAAUUCCAUUCGUCAUCAUCAUCACCCAUCUUUACCAUCACCUGUACAUUGUCACCUGUACAUUAUUACUCCCAGCAUUAUCACCUGCAUUAUCACCAUCAUUACACUGUCAUCACAUACAAUGUGACCAUCAUCAUCAAAUUUCAUUACCACUACCAUCAUCACCCACACCAUCAUUAUGAGUUAUGACCACCAUCAUUACCCACACCAUCAUCACCCACACCAUCAUCACCCACACCAUCAUCACCCACACCAUCAUCACCCACACCAUCAUUAGCCGAAUUCAUAUUAGAGAUGGGAAACUCGUCUUAGAUGGGAGACUCGUCUUAGAUGGGAGACUCGUCUUAGACGGGAGACUCGUCUAAUAUGAAUCCGGGGGCAGACGAAUUUCCCGUCCAAACUUUCCCGUCUAACUUACCCGCCCAAACAGACGGGAAUCCCAUCUAGACGGGAAAGUUGUCUUAAAUUCGAAUUUAACCGUCCCUAAAUUCAUAUUCAGAUGGUUUUGACAGACGAGUUUCCCGUCCCUAAUAUGAAUUUGGCUAUUAUGACCACCAUCACUACUAUAUAUAUAUAUAUAUAUAUAUAUAUAUAUAUAUACAACCACUAUCAUCAUCACCACCACCAUCUUCACCACCACUGGUCAUCAUCACCACCACCAUCAUUAUCACCAACAUAAUUACCACCAUCACCAUCAUUACCACUGUCACCAAUGUCACUGUCACCUACUACCUUGUCACCAUCAUUUCCACUGUCACCAAUGUUACCACCUUCACCAUCACCUACUACGGUAUGUCACCUUUACAUUACCUGUAUAUACAGUACAUGUAGUAUUAUAAUUCUUAUCACCAUCAUCUACAACAUCACCAUCACACUCAACUUUCUCUUGAUCAUCACCACCAGGAGUGUCACCACUAUCAUCAUUAACAGCAAUGUCACCAUCACAGCCAUCACCUACCAUAUUGGUACUGCCAACAUUGCCUAGACUGUCAGCAUCAUUGCCACUGCUUGUGCUUAUUGUCAAAAUCAUCACUUUUGUAUACAUUAUGUUUAACCAAUGUUCUAAAAAUUUCCAGGGGUCAGUACUUGACAAAAGGAAAAUCAGAAGAUCCACAAAAUAAUUCAUUCUUCCGCAAACUUUAUCCACAGAUAAUUGCUGACCUUGAGGUAUGCCUUCCGUAGUUUCAUGUUUUGCUUAGUGUGUACAAUAUUAUACAUUAAUUUUGUUGAACAUUUAUGUAGACAAUUGAGACCAACUGGAGAACUGGCCGUCAUCAGCUCCAUCGUAUAGUGUGUCGCAGUGAGAACAGCAAGGGUGUUUAUUGCUUGCAAUAUGAUGAUGAGAAAAUUGUCAGUGGAUUGAGGGACAACACAAUUAAGGUUUGUCAUAUUGAUUAUCUAUUAAAUGAACAAGAUAUUUACUUUUCAGAUAGACAAACUGUAUCCUGGAACUUAUAACUGUUGAAAGGAGUGUAUACUAUCAGUUACGGGGUAUUCACAAAAAUUACCCUGGUAUGUAUAACAAGCUGAGUUUUAUUAUUCAGAUAUGGGACAGAAAAUCUUUGGAAAGUACUCUUGUCUUGACUGGCCACACUGGAUCAGUGCUGUGUUUACAGUAUGAUGAAAAUAUCAUUGUUACUGGAUCAAGUGAUUCCACUGUUAGGUACGAAAUCAGUCGUGGGUCACAUUUAUUUGGCAUUCAAAAGCUUGAUUUGUUUGAGAACUUCGAUAAUAUGCUUGAAAACUGCUUAUCAUUUGGUUUCUAAGCAUCACUUUGCAAUUGAAAUUCUUAAUUUUUCUUGAAAAAAAUUGAUCUUCUCAACGAGUAGAACAGCUUCUGAAAGUGCUCUAUCCCGCUCUCUGCUGGAGCGUGUUUGGGAGGGAAACGGAAGUAGAGAGCCUGGCUUGCGAGGUUGGUAGUAUCCUUGCCACUGCAUAGCCUGACACCAGAGCUCAAAAUGGCAGGCUGCCAAUGGCCAAAAGCAGGCCAUAUUAUAGAAAUGGCAGGCAAAAACAAAUUUGAACUGCCAAAGAAAAAAAAAAUGGCAGGUGAAAUUCUAUAGAUAUAUUUCAUUUCAUUUGCUUAUACCACAACUCAUGUAUACUAGAUCACUUAGUUGGCUAAAUACGUUUAUAUUUGAAAUGUAAAUCCAAGUUUACUGUUGUAAAAUAGACAAGUUUAAAAACAAUAAAAAUGCAUAUCAUGAAAACAUUGAUUUUUACAAUAUGACUCAUAUGAGACAUCGCCAUUUUGGCAGUUCAAUGAAUAAAAAUGGCAGGCUAAAAUUUAUUUCACCUGCCAAAAAAAAUUUGACUGGCAGGCCAUAUUUUUUCUAUACACUGGCACCGACCAUUCUUACUCAACAAACUCCUUCGUAAUGUAAAUCAGUUAUAUAAACAACAAUUUGUCUCAUUAAUUUAACAGAGUGUGGAACAUUCACAAUGCGGAAAUGGUGAACAACCUUGUGCACCACUGCGAGGCUGUGUUACAUUUGAGAUUUCAAGAUGGCAUGAUGGUGACAUGUUCAAAAGAUCGUUCAAUCGCUGUAUGGGACAUGCAUUCUCCAACAGACAUAAUAUUACGUCGAGUGCUCGUUGGACACAGGGCUGCCGUGAAUGUUGUUGAUUUUGAUGACAAAUAUAUCGUGUCUGCAUCGGGGGAUAGGACUAUUAAGGUAGGCAUUACACUCCGUUAAUACAGAACAGAAUGAAUUAAAGACUGAACUCAAGUUUGCACGAUGUUGCCGUGGGACGCAUGAAAGCGGGUGAAUUCCUGCGCAACCAACCGUGCGAAUGUCUAUUUGAACAAUUAGAACCGGACGAAUUUGCGUACUGUUCUGAAUUUAAUAGUCUGGUCAGGUGCAUGUGAACGUAUUCUUAAGCCCCGGUCAAACAAAGCUCUCUCAACUUUCAUUCCCGGGUCGAACGAACAAAAACUUCAAAAUAUGAACCUCUUCACAGAAUUGAUGAGAGUGCAUGAGAGGUGGUAAAACGCUAAUUCUCAAGUCAUUGUGUUUAUCUUGUAGGUUUGGAGCACAUCAACAUGCGAGUUUGUACGAACUCUCAACGGACAUCGACGUGGCAUUGCAUGCUUGCAAUAUCGAGAUAGAAUUGUUGUCAGUGGUUCAUCAGAUAACUCUAUAAGGUAUCACUAAAAUUGAUAGUUUCUUCUCUUUAUAUAGCAUUACUCUUGCUACCCCAUGAAUACUAAAUAUUGAAAACAAUGUAAGAUUAAAAUGUCAUAAAGUUUCUUAGUAGCGAAACAUAAGUAGCUGUACCUACAGUAGUUAUAUAUUAAUAAACUAUAGCUCAACCUUGUCUUGUUAUUUUUCCUAGAAUUUGGGAUAUUGAAUGUGGAGCGUGUCUGAGAAUUCUAGAAGGUCACGAGGAAUUAGUUAGGUAUGGUAUUAAUCGAUCUUACGUAAUUUUUCAGUAGCCUUCUACUAUCUGUCCCAUACCACUGUCUAAUUCCGUCACAAAUAAAAAUAUUUUGUGGUCAGUGAACGUCCCUCUCAUAAAAACAUGGUGAUUUUUAGGUGUAUUAGAUUUGAUAACAAGAGGAUAGUUAGUGGAGCGUAUGACGGGUAGGUUACUUUCUUUAAUCUUGUUUUCUUGUGUGAAAAUUGUGUUAUAGUUAUAUAAACAUUACUCAGAUUCUGAUGUUUGUUUAUUACAGUAAAAUCAAAGUAUGGGAUCUAAAGGCAGCACUCGAUCCAAGGACACCUCAAUCUGCGUUGUGUAUUCGAACACUUGUGGUAAGAAUACGAUUGUAAAAACAGGGGUGGAUUUAUAGGGGGGUGCGCACCCCUGUUGGCCUUGGUCAACAGCGGUGCAAAGGCAGUGCAAAAAAUCAAAUUCAGAAAUAUGGCACGAUUUCCAAGGUUUUUCCUUUUUUGAAGUCAAACUGAAGCUCAUAAAUUCAAUGCCCAUAUUGCAGGAGGAAAUGGCAUUUCUAGGGUUCUAACCACACAUUCAGAUUGACUUCCACUAUCGCUACCACCACCUCUCGCAUGGCUUAGUGCGCAUCUGAUUGGUUAAUCGGAUAUAUCAAACGCACCUGAUUGGUUAAUGGUCCCUUUAUGGUAGUGGUAGACUGGUAGUGGAAGUCAAAUCUGAACCUCACUAUUAAUAGGUUGUAAUAUUUUUGUGUCUAUUUUAGGAGCACACAGGACGCGUGUUUCGUCUUCAGUUUGACGACUUCCAGAUCGUAAGCAGUUCUCACGACGACACCAUACUUGUCUGGGACUUUCUCAACUGUACUGACCAGAGUCAACCUACUACCAGAACAUUACGUACUGCACCAAACACGGUGACAACAACCACUAGGUAGCACCGCCUCCCUGGUCAGACACACCUAUACUGGCGGCAAACACGUUUCCAUACCCCCACACACUUUCCGCUGCAUUCGCGACACUUUAGAUUAUAAAAUUUUUGUUUGGAACAAAACUAACAUAAAAUGAACAAAACGUAGGAGAAUGUUGUAAUACCUUCGUAAAGUUGUACAGUGAACUUAGAUCCGAAAGAAGGGGGUCUCGAUAAAGUGAAGGUGGUUGAGGGCAGAGUGGAACAUGCAUGCCAAGCCACUGGGCGUUCUUUAAGUAAGGAUCUUGGUAUCGAUGCCUAUAGCAUUCCCCACAUGUGCUAAAGGAGUGUAAAAGGAUCUCUUGAUAUUUAUGCCUGUGGGGCUCUUCCAAGAUAAGAUGACUUAGGCAUAUUUACCCCUUCCUUACUGUAGACACAUGUAGGGUUUCGAUCGGGAGUGAGUGAAUUUACUAGAAUAACAAAGUAUUUAAACUGUUUAUAUGAGCCUUAUUUGAAUACCGGGCACUUUCAAAUCCUAUAUAAACUUCCUAUUUCCUUCAGUGGAGAACCUGCCCAUAUACACGAUAACAGUUUUAACCUUUUGUGUAUGGCUCAUGUAAGCUCGCCUACGUCAUAGCCUCUAGAGUCUAUUACGUAGGCCACAUGUAUAAGCAUGCUUAAAUAAUUUCCACAUUAACUUAGCAUUCAAUUGCAUAUGAUGCAUAAGCAUCUGUAAAUAGAAAAUUUAUGCUUGUUGAUAAAAUCAGUGAAAAAUAGAUAUUUUAGGAAUUGUGUAGAAUUUAAUCAAGGGUUUUGCUUUUAGUUUUGAAUUUAAAGUGACGAACAAAUUGUAGGGAGAUAAAAUCCCGUAUUUCAUGUUCUUUGGUGAUUUUAUUUAUGCGUUUAAAUUACAUAACUCGACUGAUGUGUGUAUUUAUACAAAAUAUCUUUAAUGUCUACGUUUUCGAGUCAUGGUUUGUUUUCUAGCGUGAAGAGGUACUUUUACAGUAAGGGUCAAAGACAAAGAAUAGUCUUUUCGUAGCAUGAGUCGUGGGCGAUGUUCUUCGUGUAUGCAAAGAUUUUUACUUCAACUCUAGAUAAGACCGCCUAAUGA